GGUGGUGUGGGAGCCUCUCCCGGAGCCGGAGAAGGGUUUUGUGUCUCCCGGCUCUGGGCAUGCGCAGAUGGCGGGGGAGGGAGAGUCCCGCAUGCGCAGAGGCAGCGCUCACCCGCUGCUGCUCCCUAGCGCUGCGGGGCCGGGCUGAGCAGGAGGGUCUGUGCUGGGGAGACCCAUUAACCCCCCCGUGCCCGGCCCGCGCCCUGCUCCCGCUGGGGCCGCCCCGGGCUCUGCCCGCCCCGCUGCGGAGCUGCAGCCUCCAGGCUACAGAAUAACGUCCACAUUUUGCUUCAGAUCAUCCCAUCCUCCCAGGGGGAAGGAAAUGGCUUCAAUGGAGCUGGCUCAGGGGCCGGUGACCUUUGAGGAGGUGGCUGUGUAUUUCACCAGGGAAGAGGGGACUCUGCUGGACCCCACUCAGAGAGCCCUCUACAGGGAUGUCAUGCAGAAGAACUAUGAGACGGUGGUCUUGCUAGGGUUUCCAGUUUCCAAACCUGAUGUGAUCUCACAGCUGGAACAAGGGGAAGAGCCGUGGAUCCCGGACUUCCAGGGUUCCGAGAAAGAAGUGCACCCGAGAGCUGCCUGCACAGGUGAUGGGAUGGUGAGUGAGAAUGAGGAGGAGAAACCCGAUCAGGAAGAUGCUGAGCAAGUAGAACUACAUGGAACGUUAUCAGGAAGAUCCAAAGGGAAUGUUUCUGGGAGUUGUGCACUCCCAGAAAAAGCAAAAGGCUGUGAGACUCAGCAGAUGUUGGAGGAAAACUUCAGUAGCCACUCAAACCUUAUUGCAUGUGACAGAAUUAACUUGGAAGGGAGACGCUACACAUGCCAUGAGUGUGGGAAAAGCUUCAUUUCAAGCUCUGCCCUUCUCACACAUUGGAGAAUCCACACUGGAGAGAAGCCCUACACAUGCUCUGAGUGCGGGAAAAGCUUCAGGCGGAGCUCACACCUUAUCAGACAUCAGAGAAUCCACACAGGAGAGAUGCCCUACACAUGCUCUGAGUGCAGGAAAAGCUUCAGCAAACGCUCACACCUUCUCACACAUCGCAGAAUUCACACAGGAGAGAUGCUCUACACAUGCCCUGAGUGCAGCAAAAGCUUUAAGCACAGCUCUACCCUGAGCAAACAUAGGAGAAUCCACACGGGUGAGAAAUGUUAUGGAUGCUCUGAGUGCGGGAAAAGCUUUAGUCAUAGUUCAAGCCUUAUCACACAUCAGAGAAUCCACACAGGAGAGAAGCCCUACACAUGCUCUGAGUGUGGGAAAAGCUUUAAGCACAGCUCUACCCUGAGCAAACAUAGGAGAAUCCACACGGGUGAGAAACCUUAUGGAUGCUCUGAGUGCAGGAAAAGUUUUAGGGAGCGUUCAAACCUUAUCACACAUCAGAGAAUCCACACAGGAGAGAAGCCCUACACGUGCUUUGAAUGCGGGAAAAGCUUUAGUCAGCAUUCAGCCCUCAUCUCACAUCAGAGAAUCCACACAGGAGAGAAGCCCUACACAUGCUCUGAGUGUGGGAAAAGCUUCAGUUGGAGCUCACACCUUAUCGCACAUCAUAGAAUCCACACAGGAGAGAUGCCCUACACAUGCUCUGAGUGCGGGAAAAGCUUCAAUCGGCGCUCACAGCUUAUCACACAUCGUAGAAUCCACACAGGAGAGAUGCCCUACACAUGCUCUGAGUGCGGGAAAAGCUUCAGUCGGAGCUCAUACCUUAUCACACAUCAGAGAAUCCACACAGGAGAGAAGCCAUACACGUGCUCUGAGUGUGGGAAAAGCUUUAAGCACAGCUCUACCCUGAGCAAACAUAGGAGAAUCCACACGGGUGAGAAACCUUAUGGAUGCUCUGAGUGCAGGAAAAGCUUUAGGGAGCGUUCAAACCUUAUCACACAUCAGAGAAUCCACACAGGAGAGAAGCCCUACUCAUGCUCUGAGUGCGGGAAAAGUUUUAGUCAGCAUUCAGCCCUCAUCUCACAUCAGAGAAUCCACACAGGAGAGAAGCCCUACACAUGCUCUGAGUGUGGGAAAAGCUUUAAGCACAGCUCUACCCUGAGCAAACAUAGGAGAAUCCACACGGGUGAGAAACCUUAUGGAUGCUCUGAGUGCAGGAAAAGUUUUAGGGAGCGUUCAAACCUUAUCACACAUCAGAGAAUCCACACAGGAGAGAAGCCCUACACGUGCUUUGAAUGCGGGAAAAGCUUUAGUCAGCAUUCAGCCCUCAUCUCACAUCAGAGAAUCCACACAGGAGAGAAGCCCUACACAUGCUCUGAGUGUGGGAAAAGCUUCAGUUGGAGCUCACACCUUAUCGCACAUCAUAGAAUCCACACAGGAGAGAUGCCCUACACAUGCUCUGAGUGCGGGAAAAGCUUCAAUCGGCGCUCACAGCUUAUCACACAUCGUAGAAUCCACACAGGAGAGAUGCCCUACACAUGCUCUGAGUGCGGGAAAAGCUUCAGUCGGAGCUCAUACCUUAUCACACAUCAGAGAAUCCACACAGGAGAGAAGCCAUACACGUGCUCUGAGUGUGGGAAAAGCUUUAAGCACAGCUCUACCCUGAGCAAACAUAGGAGAAUCCACACGGGUGAGAAACCUUAUGGAUGCUCUGAGUGCAGGAAAAGCUUUAGGGAGCGUUCAAACCUUAUCACACAUCAGAGAAUCCACACAGGAGAGAAGCCCUACUCAUGCUCUGAGUGCGGGAAAAGUUUUAGUCAGCAUUCAGCCCUCAUCUCACAUCAGAGAAUCCACACAGGAGAGAAGCCCUACACAUGCUCUGAGUGUGGGAAAAGCUUCAAUUGGAGCUCAAACCUUAUCACGCAUCAGAGAAUCCACACAGAGAACCCCUACACAUGCUCUUAGUGCAGGUAAAGCUGCAAUCGGAGCUCAAACCUUAUCACGCAUAAGAGAAUCCAAACAGGAGGGAAGCCUUACACAUACUCUGAGUGUGGGAAAAGCUUUAGUCAGCACUCACAACAUUUCACACAUUGUAGAAUCCACACAGGAGAGAUGCCCUUCACAUGCUCUGAGUGUGGGAAAAGCUUCAAUUGCAGCUCUGACCUGAUUAUACACUGGAGAAUCCACACGGGUGAGAAACCUUAUGGAUGCUCUGAGUGUGGGAAAAGCUUCCAAAAGAGCUCACACCUUAUUAAACAUCAGAAAAUCCUUAUGAGAGAACUGUAACAAAUGCCUUGAUUAGGGCUGGGCAAAGAUUUUUUUUUAAAUAAUCACAUUUGCUAAUUCUCACAUAGUGAUCUGUGCACCAUGUUCACUGUGGUCUCUCGGGUCCACCAGAUGAGUUGCCUGCUUCUGCCUUUUGCAUCUCACCUUCUUUGGGGUCAGUCCUCUGAUCUUUUCUAUCAACUCCUUUCCUUUUGAGUUGUAGGAGUGUGUGUCCCACCAGCCUGGAAUGUUCAUCCGCUCCAGGUGGGAGACAGAGGUUUGAUCCCAACAAGCUACACUGAGGCAAAAACUACCUGUGCUUUACAUCCACUAGGACUGUGCAUGGCGUUGGCUGCUCAAGUUAGUGAUCUUGGUGUAAAAAGACAAUUAUAGUUGUAGAGCACAUGCAGUGGUUGGCAUUAGCUUUCCCCUUGACCUGACCUAAACUCCAUCACUUUUCCUAGUCUAAACAAACCCUGAGCAUCUCACUUAUGCUGUUCCCCCAUUUGAAAGCAAUUGUUAGUCAUCAAGUUUCCCCUUCGGGAACAAAUUUUUUUCAUUCCCAGUUGCUCUGAUGUUGCUUCAGGUUGUGCUGCAGAGCAGAUAUUUUUACUACCGUUUUCCUCACUUAAAAUAUAUUGAAUUAUAAGAAAGAGCAGGGAUAGGGAAAAUUUUCAUUUCACCCUCUGUAACAGUAGAGGAAGAUAGGGUAAAUCAGAGGGAUUGCCUUAUUCCCCAUCACCAUCCCAAUCCCCCUGUUGUUCAAUUGGUUAGGUCAAUAUUUUUUCUAAAGGUCUGGGAAGAGUAUUCCCUGGUAAAUGACUUGGAAAUAAGCAAAAUACCCAUGCAUUUGGCUCCUAAAGCAGUUGUGGCCCAGGCCCUGCAGGAGGUCGCUCCUGAAGAUAUCUUCUUCCUAAUCAGCUGCAUGUUGCCUAUUAUUUGGGAAAAAUUAUCUAGGUAGGGAUGGGAAAAAUGGAAGUGACAUUUCUGUUCAGCUCACCCCUGGGAGAUGCUGCAAAUGUCUAGGAAAUGAAAUCCAUGUUGAAUGUGAUAUAGCUGCAGAAAGAUACCUAUUUUGAAUAGAUACCUGACAUUUGGUGUCUUACAGGGAUUCUAAGCAGCACCUGAAUUUAGUCCCUAAUUAAAAUCUGUGCCACCAGAUUAAAGAAAUAAAAGGGCAUAUUUGGGGGAGUUAUACCUCACUAUCGCUACUGAUAUGUUGUGUGGUUGGUGAAGAAUUCUACACCAGAGAAGUGUAAAAUUACUCCAAAUAAAGUCAAAGAUUUGACAAGAACUCAGGUAGAAAUUGCAGGAACUAGUGGUUGAUUUUCACCCCAGAGAUGGAAGCUAUGACCUGUGGCCAAGGUAAACUAUUUUUACAACACUGCUCUUUUUUUAAGUGGCAUUGAUCACACUCCUAAAGGAUGCCAUGAUUCAAUUGGGCACAACUGUCUUUUACCAUUUGGAUCCAAAGUUUCAUGAAGCACAAAGAGAAAUAGCUGAUUCCUUCAGAGCCAUUCCAUGCCUAUGGGAUCCAAUCUGGCUGCCUUGUUGGACAGGAAGCACUUCCAUUCUGGGCAAAUGAUGGUAGCCAAUGAGGGAAUGUGUCAGAUUCCAAGUUCAGAUUGCAGGAUACAUGAAUGCUGAGUCCAGAGUCUCUGGUUUGGUCUCUUGGUUUUGCUAUUAAGUCUAAUGCAUUUGUAUCAGUUCUCCUCCUGCUGCUACUUUGAAGGAUUAGAAAGUGUGAAAAUAGAGCACAGGUGGUUUUUUCUCAUGAUGCAGUCUUCCCACAUAGUGUGAGACCCCUUCCACCCACACUUCUGGGAGAAGAUCCAGGGAGAAAUGAACUCACAGAAAUGGAAGGCUCCUAGGUUAUUGUAGAAUGUGACUUCACACAAAGCUCACGGGGUGGAAAUGGGAAUUAAGAGAAAACUGCCCUAUAGGUUUAUAUUUUGUAAUAGUUGAAUAAGUUGUUACCAGCAACAAUGAAAUUAAACAUGAAGUUAAUUAGUAACGUAAGAGGCUGAUUAUGUGAUAAUUUUCAAUGUUACAAUAUAAUUCAGGUUUUCUUCUAGUUCUCUCCUUGCCUUCUCCUACUUCAUAGGAAAUGGUGGCUAAUCCUGAAAUUAAAACCUCACUCCAAAGGAAUUAGAGCAGGGGAAUAUGUGAGAGAAAUAGCAUGUACGAGAAUAGAGACCCAGUAGAGACAGUAAUUAUUUCUAUUUAAAAUUGAAUUUAUUUUGAUAAAUUUUAAAUCUUCUGUUAAGAGAAAACUUACUUGAGACAAGAUUUGGAACUUUUUACCCAGUUAGAGGGUAACAGCCACAGAGUUCUCCAGGUCUCUUGUUUGCAAAGAAAAGAUGUCAAAAUCUAAAAUGGUGAUGGAUGUGUGGUGGUAGCUUUUCUGGGUUGUUUUUUUCGGUUUGUUUUGUUUUUUUAAUUUAAUUUAAAUUUUGCAACCAGUUAUCUUUAUAGGUGCUGAGGACUCUUUUCCUCUCUGGAAACUUCCCCAAAACUGGCCUUGUGUUUCUUUCAUGUUUGAUAUCUUUGGGGUUCACACAUCCACACUACAUGAGAAACCUGCUGGGUUAAGUGGGCCUUUUCCAAACUGACAUUUGCCCAAAGUCUGCCUCAAUUCAGCUGGAUUGGGACACGUCUAUAUAAUAAAGGAGUGGUUCACACCUAAUUUGCCCAGAGACCUUGGGGGAGGAGUGGUAAGAUAGGAUAAGUAGGAAUUGACAAUAAAGUUAAAGGUAAGGGUGAAAGACCCUCACUUUGCAGGUCAACAAGCCUGUUCUGUUCAUUCCCUCUGACGCCUUCUGGCACUGGUCACUCUCAGGCAGCACACUGGGCUAGAUGGAUGACUGUGGGUUUCGUCAUCCGAAAGCUCUGCAGCCACUGCUCAUCAUCCCAGAUGCGCAUAACUAUGUGAUCCCACCACUCAGUGCUUAUUUCCUGAGCCCAAAAGCGGUGUUCCAUUGUGGUCAGCACCUCCGUGAAUGCCACAAGCAAUCUCGUGUCAUAGCUACUAUGUGUGAUGAGCUCAAUGUUGAAUUCCUCUCCUUUUGUAGUUUAAGGAAUAACUCCACUGCCACUCAUGACAUGUAGCAUAUUGGUCAACAGUGUGGGAUCUAUUCCUGCAGCAUGAAGAGGCAGAAUGCGCAGUACACCAACCAUUGAAAGAUGGCACCAAAUGCGGACGGAAGCACAGGGAUUGCUGGGAUGCGAUGCCCUGAGACCCCCUCCACCUUCCCACAACUCUUAGUGGCAGAAGAGGAAGCAAUGCUUAGUGGGGUGGCUGCCUAGGGUGCACCGCUGCGAACACCACUUGAACUGCCACAAGUGUGAACGUGCUAUUGUGCAGGCAGCUGACAGUGUGAACACACAAUAGCGGUUUCCCUUCAGUGCUCUCUGAGCAGCACUGAACUCCCAGCACUGUAACUCUGCCAGUGUAGACAUAGCCUCAGAGAGACUCACUGCCAGGAUCCCAGGACUGAUCCCCUCUGGGGAAUGAAGCACAAUGUCAACAAAACCCUGCUAGCCCAAAGUGCUGGACCAUCUAUGCCAUUACCUGGUUCCUAAGCUGCAGCUACAGUUCCUAUUCCAUGUAAAUCCAAAGACUGAGAGGUGCAGAAAUCCAACCCCUUAUAAUCUCAGAAAUGUUUUGUUUCUUUUUCUAUCUGUUUCUUUUUAUGAACUUAGAGACCUCCCAGCCUUUCUAUUAGAUUGGGGUGUAACAGGGAGGUGUGUGUGUGUGUGUGUGUGUGUGUGUGUGUGUGUACACAACUCUGCAAUCUACAAGGGGAAGAUGCUAGGAAGAAUAGUUUCCCAAAUCUUAAUAGCCUUAAUAUUCUGCCCCAUGAAAUGACUGAACGCAUGCUCCUCACCAAUGGAAGCAUUGCAAGGAAUUGAGCUGUCAGGUAUGUAUUAUUCAGUGAGAGCUGUUUGAACUUCUUUUACUAAUGUCUCUCUAAGGUCUGUAUGUGUUUUGGGGCAAGAAGGCAAGGAGAAGUAUUAGCUACACAACAGUGACAUCUAAGGAGAAAACUGUAAUUGGCUUUGAGGUUGUAGGCUAAAUGUAAGCAAUAAUUUGGUUUUGGUAUUGAAAUAUUCAGCUGUGUAUAUCUGGGUUGCACUGCCUGGGUAAAAUACUCUGAUUGGGGUUUCGGCAUCACUAAAUAUGCACCUGCCUUCUUGCGUUGCUCUUUUAGGAUUUACAAAGGUUGGUUUUCUGCUGUAAUAAUCUGAUGGUUUGACUAAAUUGAUGACUUGAUUCCAAUGCAGUAUCUUUGUUAACUCAUUGAUUUACUGAGUUGACCUGAACUUUAUCACUGUAUUGUUUAACUCUUAGCUGAGUGGUGUCUAUACUCAUUUAGCCUUAGUGAUGUGUGCUCUUGGAUUUAUUUGUUCAUGUUUGUAAAACAUGUAACUGGGAUAUUGAGUCAUUUCUUUCAAUAAGCAACCGGGGCUGGAA